UUGCUUGAAAGUAGUGGUGGGAAGGAAAUGUUUGGGGUCUGAGCUAUGAUUGGCCGAGCCCGAGCCACGCCCCUAACCCUUUCCCCCUUUUUCCCCCUCCCCUCCUCCUCUCCGGUAGGGGUGUGUUGAGGGAGACCGGGAUCGGCCUGGGGCCAACAUGAACCAAAGGGAGGGAAGUCUGGACCCCCAGGCUGACUUCUCAAUCUCAUUCCUUCCCCAUUUGGAGGCCAAGAUCCGCCAGACACACAACCUUGCCCGCCUCCUGGCCAAAUACGCAGAGCAGCUGCUGGAGGAGUAUGUGCAGCAGCAGGGAGACCCCUUCGGGCUGCCGGGCUUCUCACCACCGCGGCUGGCACUGGCCGGCCUCAGUGGCCCGGCCCCGAGCCACGCGGGGCUCCCGCUGUCCGAGCGGCUGCGUCUGGACGCGGCUGCCCUGGGUGCGCUGCCCGCGCUGUUGGAUGCCGUGCGCCGCCGCCAGGCGGAGCUGAACCCGCGCGCCCCGCGCCUGCUGCGGAGCCUGGAGGACGCGGCCCGCCAGGCUCGGGCUCUGGGAGCCGCGGUGGAGACGGUGCUGGCCGCUCUGGGCGCAGCCGCCCGCGGGCCGGGGUCGGAGCCCGUCGCCGCCGCCGCCGCCGCCCUCUCCCCGGCCAACAGCGCUGCGGGCGUCUUCUCGGCCAAGGUGCUGGGGCUCCACGUGUGCGGCCUCUAUGGCGAGUGGGUGAGCCGCACCGAGGGCGACCUGAGCCAGCUGGUGCCCGGGGGCGUCUCCUGAGGGUCGGUACGCUGUCCCACCUCGGUGGCUUCUGUCGCUCCAUCUGUGUCGGUGUGUUCUUGGACUGUCCCCGCCUUUCUGCAUUGUAUGGUCUCUGUCUCUUUGGAUCUUGUCUCCUCAGGGAGCUUCGUGUGCCUACCAGUUUCUCGUUUUUUCCUCUUUUCCUCUGUCUUGAAUUCUUUUGUCUCUGAGAGGUUUCUAUCUCUCGUUC